AUGGGAUUCAUCAUUCGCGAUAUGAAGAGUCGUGGUACCGGGAUCAUGGACGCGCUUCAGCCAGAGGCUCAAAUGGCGGAGUAUUGGAAAGAAUACUUUGCUACGGUGUACAAAGGCGCCAUCAAGAUCUGGAUCUCAGUCGCGGCUGCCGGCUUUGCUUCGCUUGCGGGCAUGGUAAUCGUCUUGACAGCCAUCAUCCAACGCCUGCGCAUACCCUCAGCGGCCCUUAUCCCCAUCGAAUGCCUGUGCAUGUGCGCCAUGGCAGUCGCUCUCGGCGUUUCUCUCAGCUUCAACAUGAGUCUCGAGACUUUUAGCGAAACGCGUCUCGACACGGCGGCGAACCCAAACCUCAUGAUGUUCGCGAUCCUGGUCGAUCUUAGCCGUGGUUACACCAUCGCAGCCGGAGCAGGAUGGUUCCUCUUCUUGAUCACAUUCAUCACCGCGACGAUCGACGCGUGCCGUCGCGCCCGAGAGAAGGAGAGCUGUUCAUUCGAACCCACUGCAUCGGCACUCGGCAUGGGUUUCCACGGAUACGACGCUGUUGUUCCACCUCCUUCACGCAGUCGCGUCCCAACGAUGUAUGAUCCGCGUGUACCAUCAAUCCUGAUCGACCCGAAUGCACACGGAAGGGCGUCGGUAGCUAAAGACAUCGAGAUGGGACGCGCGGACUCUGUUCUCAGCCACGAGGGCAGGAUUUCGCAAGAGUUUGAGAAAGAGAUCUCUGGACCGCUGAGCUUAGAAAGACCACAAAAGGUGCAGCCGAUGCGACCUUCACGGCCAUGGAGCGAAGUACAUAGGGCACCGAAGGCUGAUGAAGUGAUACACGCCAUUUAG